AUAAUUUCGUAUUUUCUACGCUAAGAAAUUGUAAAUAUGGGUCGCAGAUCUAAAAACAAUAAUAAAAAUAACCAACCUCAUACUCAAGCCAGUGUUUCUACAUAUCAACCAAAUACUCAAAUACAAACAACUGAACCUCCGAACAAACGUAAAAAACGUAUUCAACCGGUUGAACAAACUACUCAGGUACAAGUGCCUAGGCAAUCAGUUUUUGAUCGCCUUGGCACUAAAAAUUCAGGCGCUGCGCCCUUACCAAGACAGCCCACAAUCAAAAAAGAAGUUAAGGAACACCUGUCUGGGAUUGAAACUCGUAAAUCAAGGAGAAUUUCAGACGCACGGAAGGCUGAACGUGAGCAGUUAGAGGGUGAACCUAAACAAGAAUCAACACAGGACGAUAAGAAUAAAUCUGAGGGUGGUACUAAGAGGAAUACGGCAAUUUCUAAAAUUAAUCCCAAUAAUACCGUAAAAGGUGGAAAGCGUGAAGAACCUAGACCACUACGAAGAAACUCACACAAACAACUUGAACAAAAACAAACUGUAGGGGAAGAUGACUUUCAGGAAUCAGAAAUUCCCUCAACUUCAAAUGCAAGGGACAUACAAAGAGAGGAAAUGGAAGAUAAUACAAAAACUUUUCAGGAAAUGCCCAAAGCUGAUAUUUCACCACAGUCACCUGCAGAAUACAAUGUUCAAAAUGCCGAACGAGUCUUAAACGAGAUUAAAGAUGGUGGGAAUGAUGAAACGUCAGAGAAUUUUGUCGGUUCGACCGAGUUUAUUGUACAACAACAAAAUAAUGCUGUAUAUGAACAUAUUUCUGGGUUAGCGCAAUCUGAUCAUGAAUCAGAUAUAGCAAAAGAAGAUGUCGUAUCGAUCCAAGCUGAUGAUGAUUAUUUGAUGGGCAUUGAAGACGAAGAUCAAGAAGACCCUUCGUUUAUGGGUGAACAAUUUGCGGAUCAAGAAUUUGGCGAAUCAGACCAACUUUUUACUUCACGUAGUGAUAGGAAUAUGUCACCUAUUCCUGAUUCAUAUAAAGAUCGUGAAAGAAAGGAACACGGAAGAAAUAAGGACAUUGAUAACAAAGAAAUACCAUCAAGAAUUCGUAAUCGUGCUACAAAUUCUGACGAUGGACGUAAUUCUGAUAGGAGCUAUGACCGUCCCAGCCGGGAAACUUCUAUUCAACAGUCUCACGUAGAUGAUCGUAGAACCCGACUAUAUGAAAGAGAUAUUCGUGAACGCGAAAGAGAAGAAAGAUAUAAUCGUGCAAUAGCUACUGAUCGAGCGCAUGACGACAGAAGUUUCGACCGAGAUAGACGAGAAAGAGAACGUCAAGAUAGGUAUAAUAAAAGUUUGUUGGAAGAUAAAGCCCAUUUGGAUAUUCCGCGUCGAAACGAAAGGGAUCGAUUUCAACGCGAAUUUGAACGGAAUCGAAAUGAUCAUGGUAGCCGAACCCCUAAUGCUGAAACUUCUUCAAACAGUACUAUCCGAGGCGCUACAAGUAGAUCUCCAAGCGACUCCGACAAACCUCCAAGUAGAACACGAUCACCUGAAAGAAUUAAGAGAGAAGAUCGAGAACUUCGGCCACGUGAUGAUGUUCGCGAAUGGCAACCGCAUCAAGAUUUCCAAAGAGAUCGUGAUCGAAUAUCCCGACAGCGUGAUGAUUUGUCUAAUAGAGAUCGCGAUCCAAGGAUCAGAGAUUUGUCAAAAGAAAAGGAAAUCUCUUCUAGAGAUCUUAAAGUGCAAGAUAGAGAUUCAUUAAAUCUCCGCAGAAAUGACCAAAUAGAUGUUACUUUUCGGCGUUCAGAUGAAAGAAUAUCUAAUGCUCGUAGACUCGAUGAUCCUCGUAAUGUUGGUAUUCCUGAGAGAAAUCCAAGAGAUCCUCCACCUCGCGAUCGAGAGAAGGAUGGUCAUUACCACCGUGAUCAAGCUUUAAGACCAGAGCCAAUUCGAAGAGAUGAACGGCAACCAGCUGUCCGCUCUAAGAACGAAACUCAAAAUGAUUCUGUUUACCAAGAUAAUCGAGAUAAAGAACCUAGACAACGAAAUAUCCAGCCUAACGUUCUUACUGAACAUGAUCGACCUGAUAAAAGAAAGAGGGAAGACAUCGAACUUAAUGAGCGUAAGGCUUAUUAUGAUCGGGAACAAAGGGGUGAUGCAAAUUCUUUCAAUCAACGUCUUCCUGACUAUCGUAUCAGGGAUAAAGAGAGAGAGCAACGCCAUCGUGAAGAUUAUCCUUCUAAAGAUGGUAAUCGAGUUGUAGUAAAUAGAGAUCAGGAUAGAGAUUUAACGAAUCGUAAAGAAGACCGAAUGUCGCCCACCCAUGAUCGUAAUGUCGGUAUACCUGACCAUUAUAGACCUUUAUCGGACCAUCUAAAAGAACCUGAUCGUCGAUCACUUCGGGAGUACGAAAGAGACUAUAACAUUGAUAAGUAUCGUGUUGAUUAUGAUCGGGAUAUGAGAGAUCGAGUUCGUGAUGACCACGAAAGUCGGAGUAACUCCGUUGAGAGAACGGAUCCGCAAAAGCAUUUGUAUGAUCGCCAUCAACGAGAAUUGGAAAAAAGACGGGAUAUGGAAGAUGAUCCAGUGCCUCGUACAAGUAGGUCUGAAUCUACGCGACGUUCUGAUACUGAGAGACCUGCUCAAACUCUCAUGGACAAUCAACGUGAUAAUAUUCGGGAUUAUUCGCAAGAAGCACAUAUGCAAGAAGAAAAAAAUAGAGAUCCUCAAGACCAAUUUAUAAAGGAGUCGAAAAGAGUUCCAGUAAACGAGGAUGAAGAUUCUUUACCUCCUCAUCCCUGGAUAAAAUGCAAGUCUAGUAGGAACAAAGAUUAUUAUUUCAAUACACAAACUCGUGAAUCUCAAUGGAACUAUCCCGAAACAGGGAAAAAUCGGCAGACUCAAAAUGAUGGUAACAAAAACAUCGAUUAUGAUCCUCAUAAAGAUGAGGAUGAGCCUCGUAAAAAGAUCCGUUUGAAUGAAAACGGUGAGAGUGUCGUGGCAAAUUCAGACAUUAAUCCUCAAAUUGGGCACGAAGAUAAAACUUCGACCGUUAACGAAAAUGACUCUAUUAAUAAAGAAGUUUCUUUAAAAGAUGAAAUUUCAUUUGAUCAACAGUCAGAGCUAUCGUCUAGACUACCUCGAAAUAACUCUACUUUUUUGUUUUCGCCCUCAUUGCCACAAUCUCAACCUUCUCCCGGAGCGUCGGCGGCAUUCUCACCUCCACAUCGUUCAAUUUCUUCCGAAUAUAAUGAGCGCCGAUUUAGUUCUGAUUAUGGGAUACAAUCAAGCCCACGAAGAGGUUCUUAUGUUGGACCUCAACCACAUUCUCCUCAAAUGUCUUCUUUAAGAUCGAAUCCAGGUCCAUUUAAUCGGGGGGGUUCUGUUGAUAUAUACGAUCGCAAUGACGGAUUCCGCAAUGAUGAAUUUAUCUCUAGUCGUUCACUCGGUGACCCACGUAACAUCUCUAGUCCAAGCGGUAAUAACAACAAUGGAUUGACACCAACAUUUCCUGGGUCUCCAAUUCGUUCAAAUAGGUCGGGAAUGUAUAAUUCGUUUGGGAUUGAACAAAAUGUUUCACCGGGAAGUAGGCGUUCUGGAGUUGGACGUGAGUUACCAACAUUUACUCAGCCUCGGGUGAGAACUGUUCACGAAGAAGAACGUCAGUAUUGCGGUGAAGAGCAAAGUAUGAAAGUGGAAGAACUUCCCACUAAUGAAGUUCAUAAUCACGAAGUGGAAUCUGGUAAUCAAACGACAGUCGGCCAAGGUUAUGAAACCUUCAAUGAACAAAAUGCUGACGAAGAAUCUGACGAAGAUACUUGGCGGUCAGACGAACCUGUCGAAUAUGGAACGGCCGAGACUGAGCCGGUCUCCAUCUUCCUGUUCCGUCGUGCAAGUUCAAGAGUGAAUCAAGGUGGGGUCAAAAAGAAAUUUUUGAAUCCAAGAAAAGAAUAUGAGGUAGUGAAAUCCAUUUGUGGAGGCAAGGGAAUGCACCUAUUCAAACACUCUUUUGCCACCGCACAUUCGCGUCGCGAAUGAGGCACAGACAAAAUCUAAUCACGUGAUUACACGUAAAUUUUAAAAGUAAAUCUUUGAUGAGAAAAUGUUUUCCCAUUCCGAUAGAAAUUAUUAAUUUAUAAAUUUAACAAGGCUCGUAUUACGAAUCUAGUAUUAGAUUUUUCAUCCGGUGAAUGAAAAUAAUAUGAAUUUUAUUUUUCCGGAACAUAUAUACUCAAACAAAAUACAUCAGAGACAAAGUUAUUGACUUUGACGACAUUGAUUUUCAGUUUCUAAUUUAGACGUCGAAGAAUAAAUUAAGACAAGGAAAAAACAUUCCUAUCCAAUAAUAUUACUAAUAAAUUUGCAAUUGUUCAUUUAUGACAAUUGUUC